ACAGAGCAGACAGGUAAAUCACAAGGCCAAACAAAGAUGACACCAGAGGUCAUCACAGCUAAUUGGUAACGAAAACACAACGGUUCUUAUUAUCAGGGGAUUUUACACUACUUAAAAAAUACUUAUGAAUAUAAUAUUCCAUUCCUGCUAGAAGUCACUAAGUUCUACACACUGCAGCUUUAAAUAGUGUAUAUUAUUAAAUAAAAUUCAUCAAGUCACCACAAAAUAAUUCAAACACAAAAUAACAUCAUAUUCAGGAAGUGAGAAAAACAUGGAGGUCGAUGAUUAUCAAUUAGGCUUUUAUUGUGAAGGUUGUAACCGGAAGCUUGAAUUAUCUAUUAAGGUUGGCUUUUCAUUGGUCCAGCCCUGCAGGAGGACAGGCGACAGCCGGGCGACCUACAGACAACAUUUGGAGAUUAUUAAACUUCGUCUGGACCACCCAGCGACUGUUUGGACCUUUUUAAUUUGCACCAUGACACCUUUAACUGCGCACGAGCGUUACGAUACACGCGCUGUGACAGCCGGGGAGCGGAAGUGAGAGAAGGGGGAAGUUGUUAGGGAGCAUAGAAGAAAAAUAGACCCCUUCAAAAAAGUUGAUUUUCCUUCUGUCAAGUUACCAGUCACAUCUCGCUCUUUUUUUCUGGGACCCCUGGAGGUCGGGGGGCAUGGACACCCACGUUAAAGAGGGACAGCUCUAUGUGCAGCAUCAGAAGUUUGGAAAGAAAUGGAAGAAGAACUGGUUCGUCCUCUACCCCGCCAGCCAGAACGGCAUCGCCCGUCUCGAGUUCUUCGACUCGCCAUCGGGCGGAGGGGGCGUGGCAGGUGGAGGUUCGGGUAGCGGGUCAAACGAGAAAACCAGGAAGCUGGACAAGAAGAUCAUCCGCCUGUCGGAAUGCAUUUCCAUCCUGCCGUCGCUGACGGAGAGCUGUCCCAAAGAAAACAUGGCAGCGUUCUGUGUGGAAACCAACGACAAGACCCAUGUGUUCGCUGCGGAGAAGAACGCUGCCAAGGACUGGAUGGAUACCAUGUGUGACAUUGCAUUUCAGGGAGGAGGCGGCAGCAGCAGCAGUUGUGCUGCAGACUCUAAUGGAGGACCCCAUGACCUGCAGAUGUCUGAGAACCUCAUCUACUACUCCCGAGAGGAAGUGAACGAGUUCUGGGUGAGCAUUCAGCGUACUGAAGCGUCAGAGCGCUGCGGCCUGUCCGGCAACUACUGGCUAAAAGCCGAAAGCGACGUCUUGAUCUGUAAGGAGCCAAAGACCAAGAGGAACAUUCUGGUCUGGCCCUACAAGCUGCUGAGGAGAUACGGGAGAGACCGGGUGAUGUUUUCGUUCGAGGCGGGCCGGCGCUGCGACUCGGGCCCCGGUAACUUCACCUUCGAGACCAAGCAAGGCAACGAGAUCUUCAUGCUGGUGGACCAGGCCAUCCAUUCGCAAAAGGCGCAGGCUGAGGAACGCCACCUCAGCUGUCCCAUCAACUUUGACCCAGACUGCCCGGCGUCACUGCAGCACUUACGCAACGCUGGUGGCUUGACAGCGGGAAGCGGAGACAGCAGCAGCUGCAGCAGUCGGGAGGCGGAUGGCGACUCAGGCGGCAGCAAACCGGGCUCUGCAGAUGGCGUGCUCGGGAAGAGAGAGGGCGGAGAUGGAGCAGGAGGAAGGGGGCAAGGGGGUGGUGCAGCAGCAUCGGGAAUCAAAGGGAGGAGUUUACCAGAACCGCCAGCCAUGUUGGGGGUUUUGGGAGGAGGAAGCACCCCUCCGCGGUCUCCCAGAGGGCAGGCAGCAGCAAAAGGUUUUUCUUCCCCUGAUGAACAUGCAGGUCUCUAUUCUGAGCCUGCAGAUUCAGUCCGCCUGCCUCUGCACAGCUCUGAUAGCCUCUACUCUGAUCCGGUGGACAGCAUCAAGGGCCAGAACCAAUCUAGCAACCCAUCCACUCCCCCAGUGCCCACCCCACGCCUCCGACCGGUGGGCGACGAGACCUCGGGAGGCGGCGCCCAAGGGGAUCCUUACCACGGAGGCAGCAACCACAGGAAACCACCGGACCUGUAUUCACACCUGUACGACCAGAUCAGCCUGGAGCUGAGCCAGAAAACGAGCGCGCUGAGUCUAAACGGGGCUGGAAAUGCGGGAGGAAGAGGGGGAGCGAGAGGGGUGAACAGUAACAGGCGACCCCCGGGAGGUCAAGCAGAAGGGGCGUCGUCACCUCCCUCUCUAGCUCUGGAGCACAUAUACGAUGAGCCGGAGGGUUGUGCCAAAGCAGGUGCGAGCACGUGCACUGCUGGAAGGAUGACUUUUUACGACGAGGCCCGUUUGGAGCCUCACAGCCAGAGGAGGCCGGAAGAGGUGGCAGAAUCCCAGAGACAUUCUCCUCCGCAGCAGGGCCCGAGCCGUAGCGCGCCUCCAGCGCCAAGGUGGCCCAAACCAGUCACCGCCCCAAAGCCAGGCAGGAGCCCUUUUGCACGGAAGGAGCCUGUACCGUUGCCCCCUGGGAAACCUGGCAGUAAUGUGAACAACAACAACAACAACAUUUGGGGUGGAGGAGGAGGAAGCACGGGGAGGGAGCUGUACAGCAAAGUGUCCAAACAGAAACCUACAUCUUCUAAUUCGUGGUACAGCCAGGCGCCGCUGAGAUCACCUGAUAUCAUCUAUGACAACUUAGGAGACAUUUGACAUCCUCCUUUGUCUUUGUGGACUGCAGAGCUGCUGCUCCUCCCCUCUUUGAGAAGAGGAGAGACGCUAACGCAGAAAAGAUGUCGCAGAAAAACGAACUUUCGGUUGAUGCAGUUUUUGUAAGGACCAAGCAUAUUUCUCAUUUCAGAUUCCUUCCAUCUGUGGACUGGAAUAAUUAUUUGAGAUUCAUUCGGAGUGGAUUAGCUCAUGAGAGAACUGCCUGCGUUUUCUGAGACAUGGAGUGCAACUAUUGAAGGGUAGGCAUGGGCCACCCUCUGCGGGUGUGUGCGUGUGUGUGUGUGUGUGUGUUUGAGGAAAAAGAGAGUGAAAGUGUUUGCAUGGUCAAACCCAUAAUUGGUGUACCAAGCCACAUUGUGGUUGGAGCCAGCCACUUCACUUGAAUACAUACACACACACACACAGAAAGUGUACGCAUUUGCCAAAAGCAGCUCAGCCUACAGGCUUCACUUUUAACAAGCUGAGAGAGCGGCUUGGCUCUUCUUUUAUAAAAUGUCAUGCUUAUGAAGCGACUGGGAAACAUGUUUUUUGUACUGCUGCGUUUCUGUUUCACUGCAAUAUGAGACGAUAUGACAGAUUUUGUUUGACAGGUUGAGGCUCGGACUAUGUUCUGGAUUUUCACUGCAGAACCAAAAGAGUGGAGCCUUUUCCGUUCUGUUUUGUGUUUUCUGGACUGAUUAAUCAUGCUAAAUGCCACCAAAACAGUGAGAAUUGCAAUAUUUUCAGCCCAGGACACUAACAUGUGAGGUGGUUUCAUCCUGGGCUCCUCAAAAUGGAGAAACAUCAUUGCUACUGUUUUGGAGGAAGUAUGAAAAGUGGGACUUUACCAGAUGUGAAGGGGUCAUAGGGUGGUCAUGCGGCCAUUCCUGCACAGAGUGUCACAGUUUUAUAAGAUAAUAUUAUUUGAAUCCUGUAUGGUUGUGUGUACAGACAAACUAAAUAUGGAACUAAUUAAUCCCUUUCAAUGUGUCAGUAUGUGUGUGUGUUAGAAACAGCUGUGCUGUCUGUAAAUAUAACUAAUAAUAAAAAUGACUCAAGAAACCUAAAAUAUUUCUCCAUAGUGGGUCUGUAAACAAGAGAACUACUCUAAUUGCUACAUCACCACUUCCCCUCGGUGUGUUUGUCCUGCCAGGAGCCAAUCACGCUCAGUUAUUCAUGUUAAAAAGACUUUUUGUUCUGGACCAAACGGGACAGUUAAACGGUCUGACCUCAUCCUCCACUUCCCUCCCGCUGCCACGCUCUGUUUUUGUUGUUUCGGUCCGUUUCCAACCACUUAAUCACACCGUUAAAGUUGAGCCUCAAAAAACGAAACAACGACUUUCUUUCUUGCUCUCUUUCUUCUUCUCGUCUUUCUCCCUUUCCUCUCUCCCUCUCCGCAUCGAUUCUGUUGUUCGGUUGCUGUGGCGACGGUUAAUGGGGGCUGGUUUGUGUCCGACACGCUGUGCAUUUUAACUGCAGAGAUACCGUGAGAGGAGGGCAGGAGUACAAGAUGGAAAAAAGGAAGAUAGAAGAAGAAAAAACAGCUAAUUGACAUGUUGAAGAAUGCUGCAGAGGGAGGGGAACAUGUGGGUGUUUAUCCGGAGCAGAGGAUGACGAAAGAGUGAGAAGAAAGGGACUUAAAGAAGGAGAAAAAGAUGCUGACAUGAUGAAUGCUGGCUGGAUGAAACCUGUCUGUGUCUGGUUGGCAGGUACAGACUGUUCCCUCCACUGCUGCAGCUCUUUAUCCCCUUCAUCCCUCUUCAUCCGUCUCUUUUUUUUCCCUUUCUUUCUUUAUUUCCCCACCUGCCACUGCACUACGUUCUGGACGGGGAAGUCCUCCAAAAGUAACAGGAUUACAUUUUUGAGAGUACAUUUCCUAAUUCUGCCUCUCCCCUCCUCUGUUCUUUCAGACAGAGUGAGGGAAGAAAAACAGGACGACAAACCUCUGUCUUUCUCAUUAAACUCUCGGUGAACUCAUUGGAAAAGAGGCACACACACACUCAGCAUCGGUACAUGGUACAGUUUUCAUGCCUUCAACAUUUGCUUGUUUAUAUGGGUCAAUACUUUCUCAUUGGAAUAUCCAAAACAAGCCGUUUACACAUUCACAGGCAGUGUGUGUGGGUGGAAGACUUUGCCCACAGUGAACUGCAAAUGGCUGCUUUUUUAAUGACUGCUAUUGUGUUUAAUUUUAUAUGACUUCAGUGUGAGUUCUGUGAACUUUAACCAUAAAAUGUGUCAUUUUAUAUCUAGAGACUGUUGUUUCACUUUGAUGUGGAACACAGCUACUUAUAUUUACCACACUUACCACAGGGCGAUAUUAUUGUUUUUUAAAUGUAAAUUACAUUCACCAUACGGAGUUGAAAACCAUAUUAGUGUGUUAACUGUGCAUUGGUCAGAUUGAGCAGGUGGCUGUAGUGCUUUUUUAUAUCAUAUGUUUUGUCACCCGUCAGAUAAUAAAUCAUGGACAUAAAUACUAAUGCUUUCUUUUUUAUAGCGGCUCAGUGACAUUUUAACCUCAUUUUUGCUCACCAUCGUAGCAAAAAAAAAAAGUAGCAACACAUUACUCCCAGUCCCCCUAUUUUGCUUGUAUAAGCAGUGUAUAAAGACAUUUUUAAGUGUUUAUUAAUUUACGGUUUUUGUUAACAAUUAUAACUCAAGAAGACUUAAUAAACACCUCUAUAUGCUUACAGCUACAUUAUAGUGCACUAAAGUAAUUUAUCAACUGUUUAUUCACAGCUUACAAAUGCUAAAUAGGGGGACUUAAAGUUAAGUGUUGACCAGUUUCCAUUGGGACUAGACUGGUCUGUUGGGCCACAUUAGACAAAUAUUAAAGAGUUUCUCCAGAGAUUUAAUAUUUCCCCUUUGAAAAAAUUGGAAAAUUUGAGUCAAGCGUCAGAUUUUAAAAAAAAUGAAAAAAAUCGAAGAAACAGGUGCAGAGAUAUCCUGACUUCUGUUCCCUAUUAUGGGUCAUGCUUCAGAGAUGCUGGAUCCUACGUUUCCCAUAAUGCAACCAGUGGCAUCUUUUUGUUAGACCCUCUCUGCCUGUUUAUAAGUAUUUCAAACUCCACACUACCAGUUUGUAAGUUUUUUGUUAUAAAUUUGUCAUUUCCAAGUGCAAAAGCCAAGGGCUCUCAUGGGCCGAGUAGUAGUGCUGUUCAUGCCUAAUAAAUUGACCUUUAUUCGUAAAAUUUGGGGAGUGCCCCCUUAAAGGCAAAAAUACUGCGUAUAAUAGUGUAGGUGUGGUGGGUUGACAGAUCAUAAUGCUGAUACUGACAGGAUUUCUCUGGCCCUCAGUGUAGAUUUUUUUGUGUCUCAUCAUGAUUUAAAUGUAGUUUCAGAACAUUUUCCAUCUUAAACACCAGUAAAACCAGUUAUUGGCAUAAAAUACUGGGUAAUUAGAACUUAUGAAGAACAUAUUUGGUUAUAGUCUUGACAACUCUUACUGGUUCUGUUUCAAAAUGUUCCUCUGUGCUUUCUGUCACCUCCUCUCCUUCCUUCUUCACAUCUCUCUCCAUAUCUGCUUUGACCUUUCAUGCAUCUGCAGAACAGCUCAACUGCCUGCCUGAUCACUGAUGAAUGUGUGUGUGUGUGUGUGUGUGUGUGUGUGUGUGACAGCUACAGGCAGGGCUAUGUGUGAGAAAAUGUGCCAACAGACCUGUUGCUGUCAAGUUGGUUCGGUGUAUGGUUCAUCAGGGUGGGACUUAAGUCUGUGAAAAUGUGAGAAUACACUCCACUUCUGCUACCAUAUCACCUAGUGCACAUUCCUGUGUGAUGAUGCGUGUGUGUGUGCGCGCUCAAGGUUGGACGCCUCAUAUCGAAAGCAUAUCAGAGACCUCACUUCAUAGUUUCAGAUCAACUUCUGCAAGAUCUCUCAGUUUUAUAGAGAAAUGUCAAGUCAGUAAGAAGGCACAAACACAUGACACCAAAGUCUCUAGAUUACAAUAGUCUGAUAAAUGUUGAAAAAGGAGACAAAGAGACUCCUUUAGUUCGGUACAGAUGAACACACUCGCUUUAGCAUGACUAACACUCACAUGUCCUUACAUAUUUUUUCUAAUCAAAAAUGUAUUUCAGGGUUUGAGCUCAAGGUAAGACGUGUUUAUGUAGUCGCGUGUUUGUGUUUGUGUGUUGUUUCUAGCCACAUGAUGCUAUAUUUGUCCAGACAGUUUUAUCUGCCGGUUUGAGGUCUUUGCACGUCACGUCUCUGUGUCACACACACAUGCGUGUAAUGUUCAACUAAUAUCCUGUCAGUGGCGCGCUUCCUGUCCUCUUUCUCUACAUGUUGUGUAAUUGUCCUCUCCCCCUCAAGGCCCCUUACUUGGCCUACCUGUCUUUUUUUUUUUUAAAAGGUCAUGUCAGACUUAUGGAAAGAGAACAGGUUCAGUUCAUCAACAAGAAGCACUGAAACUAGCCUUUACAACAACAGGUGUUAUAUAGGAGGCUGGGCUGUCUUUACUGGAAAAACUAUCCCAUAGUUUUAAGACUUAAAUUUUUAAAUUGUUAAAGCUGUACUAACUGAUUUUUUGGCCACAUGGGGGCAGCGCAACAAGCUGUAUACACAUUGACUUAUUGUUCCCUUUUUAAGUUCAUAUGGUGAAUGUGUUAACAAACAGUUUCUUAUUGAUAAGCAUUCAUUUUGAAUCACUGAAUCCAAUAUUUACUCUCCUUUCAGUUCUGUUUUGGUCGCCACCAACUCUUUAGCUGCUAAAUGUUCCACUGUGUUCAUCAGCUAGUUGCUAAUUUUGUUUGUCUGCUGUUUAUCAGAGAUCUUUGACUGGAAACGAUGCCGAUGAGAGCGAUGAGACUGCACCAAGUAAAAGUUGCAGGCCGAAAAACCAAAACAAUGAGCUGAAAGAUGCUAAAGCUCUGUUGAGCUAAGGGAAACUGCAGAGUGGGUGGGUGAUGUCUGGGGUUGGGUGUUAUCUAACAAACUGAUCAAGCUAAGACAUCUAAAAACUCCCCAGUGAUGUAGGUAACAUACUGAAAUCUGUAAAAAGUCUCUUAAUGCAAUAAUGUUCCCAUUAAUGUAAUAUAAAUCAUCUCUAAGGACUGUUAAAGUGUUAAAAGAAUAGGAAAUAUCAAAAAUUCAUGAUAUUUGUAACAUUUAGUAUCAUUUUAGGAUAAUGUGGACAUUAUGUUCUUCAUCUUGCGUAACAUUCACACCUGUCAGCUGCAGUAUUUCCUCAUUUUGUUUUUAAGAUAACUGAAAUAUCACCAUUUUCUUUUCUGCACAUUUGACCUCAGACAAACAUGAAAGUGUCCGGUUUCCUCUAUCUUUCACAAAGUAGACCACCAAGAUCUAUUUUUAGCUGUGCGUAGGCAAUCCAUUCAGUCAUUUGUCUCUGAAAGAGAGUUUCAUUCACUCACUCAGCUCUCAGUGCUAUCUAAAGGAAAUGACAGUUUCUCAUGUAAAUAAAAGAGAUGCGUAUGCAAAACCCGGCAGAAUAUGUGUCUAAAAGGGAAUUGUAAAGUGAUGUUUUAAAGUGUUUCAGUGAUCUUAUGAUCCUGCUACAGCAAACCAUAAUUAUGCAAAAAGUACACGUUUCCAUACAUUGUAGAGCUCACUCUAAUGACCAGAUUUGGUGACUAGAGCUGGUUUUUAGUGUGAUUCAUGUUUGUGAUUUUAUCUUGUAGACAUGCAGAUAAGCAAAUCAAAUUCCAAGACUUUUGAGACCUGCGUAGGAGCACAAACCUUUCAGAUUUCUGUCAGUGGGAUUACAGUUCAGGCCCUGUAGCCUCCUGACUUCACCUCCUCACUUCCUCCUCACUAAAGAUGCACUUCCUCUUUCUGUUCUCACUCAGCGCUGUCAGUGUGAGAGUCGAUUAUUCUCUGCUUGCAACCUAUAAAUGAAUUGUGUCUCUUGUGUGUGUUUCUGCUUUGUUUGUAUGUUAGAGUGCUGUGUCGACACUGUGGCCAGAACACACAGACAAUUACAGGAAAGACACAGUGUAUUAGAGUUUCUGAGACAGAUAGAGAGCCUGAAAGAGGUUUUUUUCUGUUCUGCAGAUUGCAGCAAAGAAGGAAAUGGAACAUUGAGAAUAAAGCAGGAAGUCACAGCACUAAUAUUAUCCUGAGUCAGAUAUAGUGGCUGAUGAGGCAUAGAAGAAAUAUUAUCAUACUUUUAGCCAAACCAGACAAAAGUUCUUUUUUUGUUGUCAAAAUUAAAAAAAAAGCAUAUUUAUUUUAAAAGUUGCAAAUGAUAGACGUUUCAAUAAAAGAGGAAGCCAAGAAAUCGAUGUACAAAAACUUGGACUCAUGCCAUCGUCCGUGAACUGACAUGUCUGCAAAAUGAGACAAAAUGGUGCGAUAAAAGUUCACUUCUCUACCCGAAGGAAAUGAUGAAUCAAAACGUUAAAAGUCAGAGACAAACUGUCUCCUAAACUGUCUCCUAAACAUGAGUGUGCAAUCCAGACUCACCACUCAUACUCAUCCUUCUGUUGUCUUUUGAUAUAAAAAAAUGGGAUUAAAAACAGUUUUUUCAAUGUUCUAAGAAUAACUGAAAGAUCCUUAAAUGUCAUUUAUGACUCCUUCUCCUUUUGGAUUGGCCCACCUAAAUUAAAACAAAUACUACAUUUGUGAUAAUUAGAGCAACACAAUCGAUUUGGACACAAAGUUUUCAGAUUUAUUACACUGUCAGACUUUAAGACUCCUUUGAGGAUAGCAAGAAAUCAUAUUUUUAAGGUUUCACUUGAGACCAGAUAAGAUGAGAGGCUAUUCCAGCCCUGGUGCCAGAAAAAAAACUAAUUGGGUCAGCAUUUUUCUUUUUGGGUCUAAAACUGCUAAUUAUUGACUCAUCAAAAGUGAUAUUUUCACUUUAUUUCAUCGACACUGUUGGCCAAAGCAUUCAACAUAAUUGGAUAAAGGCAACUGAAAUAUUCAACAUAACUGAAUGAAUUGAAAUGUGGGACAGCUGCACAUGUUUGACCUUUAUUUGAUGUGAUUAUCUUAGUGUCUCGCGGCUGAAUUAGUGGGUGUUAAAAGGUUAAAUGUGGUUAAGAUAGCUGUCAUACAAAUCAUCCAACCAAAAUGUAACUUAAGGACAAUUUAUUAACCCAAAGUUCAUGAGCAGAACUACAAAUCUGACAGAAGGUCAAUAAAUAUAUAUAUAUAAAUAUGUAAAACUCACAAUAUCCUGAAUCGGCUGAAAUAUCACCAACUAACUUACAUAAAUCUUUUUCAAUUUCCUUUGUAGCUCAGACAAUAAAUUAGAUUAAAAACAGUCAACGCACACAACACGAAAGUUGAACAGGAACAUGACUGAGUCAGCACUAUGAUAACAAGCUGUAGAAACAAAAAUGAUGAACUAAUAACUUUCUUAAAAAAAGAACAUCUGCUAUCUGUCAAAAACUGAAAACAAAAUCUGAAACACCUCCAGACCAACGAGACGAUUUCUGUCAAAUCCAACUCUGAAUGAGUUUGCACAAAUAAUCACGCUUUUGUUAACUGGUGGCCGCAUCCCAUGAAUUUCUUACAGUUGUGACAUUUACUGAGGAGAGUGGCUGAUAGCGUUCAGUGUCGCACAGGGGAACUUUGGCUUCAGCCCUUUGACCUUUUUGGGGGACAGAGAAGCUGCUGUUGUUCUAUUUGAACAAAUUUAUGAAAUUCGCACACAUUGACUCAACUUCUCUGAGCCACUGAGCAAUAAGAGGAAAGUACUGAGCCAGAGAGAGAAAAGGGAAAGGACGGAGAGAGAGGGAGAAGUGGGUAAAAUGUCAGUGGGAAGUUUUGGAGGUCCGCUUGACUUCUCCUCAGAGACAAAAGGAUCGUUGUGGUUGUAAUUCCUGAAUGCGGAAGUCCUGUGACAUCACAGCGUCAUGAAGUCAUUUGCCACUGGUAGUCCCUAAUGUUAUAAGGUUCAACAAGGGGGUGGAAUGGCGGGAGACUGAUUAAGCCUAUGUAACAGUGUGUGCAUGUGUGAGGAAGGCAAAAUUAAUAACAGUGACGAUGGAUGUGUGUAACUGACAGAUAUGUGCGUAUGAGCAAUAAGUCAAUGACUAAAUGUGAGUGAAUGUAAUUUGAGAAAAGCCUGACAUUGUGCAGAAAUCAAGCCGUGAUGUAAAUGCAUGAACUCUAAUUGACCCUUGUCUCAAUCACACACUCACACACACAGACAAUGGAAAUUUUCUCCUUUCUUACAAACUGUGAAAAAGUUGCCGUAUUUCACAAUUUUUUAAGAACAUUCUCAGGUUUUUUAUCAGUUUCCUCUCAUCUCUGUUCUCCUUCCAUCCACCGCCCCCCCCUUCACGCUGCCUUUCAACCCCCAGAGAGAGUCCUUGCUGUGGGGGUGAAGGAGAGCAGAGAGGCCCCUCUGUCUGAUGCUUUAUUCUCUGUCUCGUUAAAACAGUGAAGCUGUGUUCAGACCAGGGCUUAAGGGCAAAAUGGAAAAGGAAUGUGCAUAUGUGUGUUUGUCUAUUAGUCAGUAUAUACUAUUCGUAUACAUUUGUAUUUUUACAUCUUGUUUUUUUCUGCUUUUUUGAUUUUUUCAGUUAAACUUUGCGUGCGGUGACAUGCACACAAUGCUUUUUAUCCGACAGCCUCCUCUCCUUUUCUCACGCACAAACACCCACCUUUUUUUUUUUUUUUUGGUAAUUUCUAAUGAACUUUCCGUUCCUUCCCUCCUUUUCUGACUUUUUAAGGCCUCCAGUGUCCCGCUGUUUCCAUUCUUUUCAUCUUUUCAUUGUUUAUGGUGUGCCAUUCUUUGAAGUUCUGCUGUCUCAGCAAGAUGCAGAUGGCGGUGAGUCGAAACUUCCCUUUCUCACACACAUGCACACACAGGGGCUUGUUAAAUUCAAAUGUAACUUACAGUUACACUGUGUGGUGGGACUGCUAAAACAGAGAUGAACAGUAGUAUCAAAAGAGGCUGUAACUACCCAGAGUCUACCACAGAAGUGUGUGUCAUGCACGUUUACACGCAAAGGAGUGUGUGUCUUUUCCACCUUUACAAAGUCUUUAAAGGUUUUAUGAGCUGUCUGAUUACUCACAAA